AUGCUUAAAUCUUUUCUUUUUUUAGCCAUUGCUGCUUUAGCAAGAGCUGACCCUGCAGAACUUGGCUUAGAAGAUUUCACAGAAGAUGAAGUUUUCUCUUUGGCCUACGAGGAACCAGCUUUGGCAUCUGAAUUCGAAGCUUUUUGGGGUGUCAAUUGGUCACAGACUAUUGCAGAUGCUUAUGCUAACUCCUACCAAACAGAAUUUUUUGAGUCUGAAUACACCGUUAGCUAUGACGAGCUCUAUACGGGUGGCUCUGACAGCUUUUAUACUGUUGAUUUUGACGAUUGGUGGUAUAAUAGCUAUGACAGUGAUUAUGGUGAGUAUUAUACUGAUGAAGCUGACAACUAUUAUACCAUGGGCAAUGACCCCUAUUAUACUGAUGAGUAUGGAAUCUACUAUAAUACUGAUGAAAAUGGUGACACUGAGACAGUUAACGUAGACCUGUUGUAUAAUGUUGGUUAUUCAUAUGAAACAGGAACAGGCACUGUUCAAACCAGAACUAGAGCCAGUACUCUAGCCACAACAUCCUCGGCAUCUGUUGGUGCGGCCGGAACAAGCAGUAACAGCGUUGCCAUUUCUACAGCUGGCCAACUGACAGAAGCACUUGGAGCAACCCAACAAGCCGCAAAAUCUGACUCGACCGUAACAACUAAAGGAGCUGAUGGUGAUUCCACCACGAAGAAUCCAUCCACUAGUGAUUCCACCUCCGCGGGCCAAUCCAAUGGUGGCUCCAGCGUUGGUAGAGCCAAUGGAGCUAACCUUUAUGUACCUGUUGCCGGAUUGUUCAUAGCUUUAGUUGGUGCAAUUAUCUAA